ACAACAUCUCAAUUCUCACGGGAACAAUGGGUUUGGCUAAAGUCUCUUGCUUUCUCUUUGCCAUUUUGUUUUUGAUCAAUGGUGGUUCCUCCACCACUUUCACCAUAGUUAACCAGUGUAACUACACCGUCUGGCCUGGACUUCUCUCCGGCGCCGGCACCUCUCCAUUACCCACCACUGGUUUCUCUCUCAACUCGUCUGAGUCACGACUCAUCUCCAUACCCGCCGCUUGGUCCGGCCGCAUAUGGGGACGCACACUUUGCAAUCAAGACGAGACCACCGGAAAAUUCACUUGCGUCACCGGCGACUGUGGCUCAAACCAAAUCGAAUGCUCCGGCGCAGGAGCAAUCCCUCCAGCUACAUUAGCCGAAUUCACACUCAACGGCGACGGAAACCUUGAUUUCUACGACGUUAGCCUCGUUGACGGUUACAACGUCCCAAUGACGAUCGUCCCUCACGGCGGAGCUAUUGGAGUCGGUAAGUGUAACGCAACGGGUUGCGCUGCGGAUCUUAACGGCGUAUGUCCGGAACAGCUGAAACUAACGGUUGAAGCGGGAACGGCUGCUGUGGCGUGUAAGAGCGCUUGCGAGGCGUUUGGGACGCCGGAGUUUUGUUGUAGUGGCGCGUUUGGAACGCCGGACACGUGUAAGCCGAGUGAGUACUCUGGUUUCUUUAAGAAGGCUUGUCCGACGGCUUAUAGUUACGCUUAUGACGACGGUACAAGCACUUUUACUUGCUCCGGUGCUGAUUACGUCAUCACUUUCUGUCCUUCUCCUUCUUCAAGUGAAGAUUUGAAGAGUGCAUCUCCUCCGCGUCUGCAACCGGAUGUACUUAACGUUUCCGACGCGUCGCAAAGAAUCUCAGUUGCGUUAUCAUUGGGCGUUUUGGCUGUUGCGGUUUCUUGGCUGGAACCAAAAGUUAUUACUAUCGAUGUAAGCCAAGCCCAGAAACUUCUUCAUUCUGGCUACACGUUUCUUGAUGUCAGAACUGUUGAAGAAUUCGAGGAAGGCCAUGUUGAUUUAGAGAAAGUCCUCAAUGUUCCUUACUGGUUAUAUACUCCACAGGGGGAAGAGAUUAACCCUAAUUUCUUGAAACAUGUUUCAUCUCUCUGUAACCAAACCGAUCAUCUCGUCUUGGGAUGUAAAUCUGGAGUUAGAUCAUUAUAUGCUUCCAAAGUUCUUGUUUCUUCCGGCUUCAAGAAUGUUAAAAACAUGGACGGUGGUUACAUUGCUUGGGUCGACAAGAGAUUUCCAGUUAAAGUGGAACACAAGGAACUCAAGUAUGAUGAGCUUUGAUUCAGUUUCUUCAAAUACAAGCAUGUUAAUGUA